GGAAAAAUCGCUCAUAUUUUCUUCAAUGACAAACACGUUGUGUUGCUCAGAUAACAUUUUAAAAUAUUCGUUAUAGCUUUUAUCAACAUGUUUUGGCACACGCAAGUUUGUUUUGUUGUUGUUUUCAUUGUUAACGCUUGUUUUUGAGUGCUUCAAUGUCCAAGGAAAAUUGUUCAGAAUAUUUGGUAAUAUUUUCUGAUUCACCCUAAACGAUUUCGAAAAUGGAACCAACGAUAAGGAAUCAAUUAAUAAAAUUCCACCCGGACACCCUACAUGCUGUUAAAACAGCUUGUAAAUUGGAAAGCUCGGGAAGGAUGGAUGAAGCAGUCGAUUUACUCCAAGAAUGGAUAUUGAAACAAACACAUUUUGCCAAGAAAAUAUACCCUCCAAGUUAUUUAGAAGCGAUAUUAAUUUCAACUAAAGGUUCAGUAGAAAUAGCUAAGAGACGAAUUGACAAAAUGUGUACUAUGAGGACGUUUUCACCACAAUUAUUUGACAAGACCGACGCAAAAAACGACUUAAUGGAACUGCAUGACAUCAUAAAGACGAUAAAUUUACCAACACUAACGGAGGAUCACUAUAGAAUUUCUUUGAUUAAGCCAACGGGCAAAUCAUUACCGCUACAAUAUAGUCAUUUGGAUUUCUUUAAGUUCACUAUAAUUUUAGCUGAAUAUAUAAAACUGCACGACUAUUGCCAAGGAUUCAUAAUCAUUAUGGACCAUAGAGAUGCAAAUAUCAUGGAUUUUGUGACAAGAACAAAUCUUUAUGAGUUACAAAACGUUAUAUCACUUUUAACGGAAGGCUACGGAAUCCGAAUGAAAGGCCUCCACAUCCUCUCUUGUUCUAAGGUUGUCGAUACACUACUAGCCAUCUUUAAACAGGUGUUUAGCGCGAAAUUGGCAGCGCGCAUUCAUGUUCAUAAAACAAUUGAAACUAUGUACGAAUUUGUGCCAAAAUCAUUGUUGCCUGAGGAUUUAGGAGGAGAUGAAAGGUCAAUCUCGACAUUACAUGGCGAAUGGCUGCAAGAGCUGUCAACCGAAGACCAUAUCAAUUACAUGAAAAUGAUGCGAGAAGCAUGCACCGACGAGAAACUCAGGCUCACAGAUCAGUUUGACGAGAACAUGGGUCUCUCUGGAACGUUUAGGUCACUAGCUUUUGAUUAACACUGGUUUGAUUUAAAAACACAUUGCUUAAAGUCUACAACGGAAC